AUGGCAGUGAAAAAAGUUGCAGAAAAUUUCUCAAAGAGUUUGAUUGAUGAAGUUCAUAAAUGGGGUUCGAUGAAACAAACUGGAGUAACAUUAAGGUAUAUGAUGGAAUUUGGAUCAAAACCCACUGAUCGAAAUUUGUUGAUUUCUGCUCAGUUUCUUCAUAAAGAGCUUCCCAUUCGAAUUGCACGUAGAGCUAUUGAACUUGAGUCUCUUCCUUAUGGUUUAUCUCUUAAACCUGCUGUUUUGAAGGUGCACGAUUGGUAUGUGGAUUCUUUUCGUGAUCUCAGAUCAUUCCCUUCAAUCAAAGAUAACCGUGAUGAAUUAGAUUUCACCCAAAUGAUUAAAAUGAUUAAAGUCAGACAUAAUAAUGUUGUCCCAAUGAUGGCCAUGGGGGUCCAACAACUGAAGAAAGGCAUGGAUCCCAAGAUUGUAUAUGAGGACUUGGUCGAAAUACACCAGUUCCUUGAUCGCUUCUACAUGUCCAGAAUAGGGAUUCGUAUGCUCAUAGGGCAGCAUGUGGCUUUGCACGAUCCAAAUCCUCAACCUGACCGUAUAGGGUAUAUACAUACAAAAAUGUCUCCCGUAGAGGUUGCCAGAAAUGCUAGUGAAGAUGCUCGUGCAAUUUGCAUGCGCCAUUAUGGCAGUGCACCUGAAAUUGAUAUCUAUGGCGAUCCCAACUUUACAUUUCCGUAUGUACCUUCACAUUUACACCUUAUGGUUUUUGAGUUGGUUAAAAAUUCCUUGCGUGCUGUUCAAGAGCGAUUUAUGGACUCAGACAGUGUGCCUCCUAUUCGUAUCAUAGUAGCUGAUGGAAUAGAGGAUGUCACGAUUAAGGUUUCUGAUGAAGGAGGUGGGAUUCCAAGAAGUGGUCUCCCUAAGAUUUUUACAUACCUUUACAGUACUGCUGAGAACCCGUUGGAUGAGCAUACAGAUCUUGGAACUGGUGAUAAUGUGACUAUGGCUGGAUAUGGUUACGGGCUUCCUAUAAGUCGGUUAUAUGCUCGUUAUUUUGGAGGAGACCUGCAAAUUAUAUCCAUGGAAGGAUAUGGUACAGAUGCCUAUCUACACCUGUCUCGUUUGGGUGGUUCUCAGGAACCUCUGCCGUAGCCUGUAGUAGCGCAGCUGACAAGCUGUUUAUUUCAAUAUACUUACACUUCCAAUGGUUUACUUGAUUAGAUGGUGAUUAUGAGAAAAGAGCAUGUAUUGUUGAGAUUUAUAUGAUAAAUUGGUAUUGUCAUCCUUGUAAUCUUAUUUUUAGCAAUGGAAAUCCUGCCUCUGGGUUCCUUUA